AUGCGUGGUGGUGUAGCCCAGGCAUCAAUAUUCUUGCUAUCAACCCUCGCGCCCGCCCUCUCUUACUCUUUGCCAACCCUCCAAACGAGCACAAAUGCAGUCACACAGGAUGAUCCAGUGCUGCUGUGGCGAGACUCGGAUGGGGUCUAUGUCCAAUUCGAGGCAUCAUGUGCUAGCUGCUCGUUAGACGACGGAGACUCUUGGCCAAUCAAUCUGUUCAUCGGAAGUACUAAUGGUCUUUGCGACAACGCUACCGUAUCCGUCAAUGGACAGGAGCUCUCCCAUCGCUGGGAAGGCCAAUUUGCCACAGGCUCAGGCGUGAUCCCAUCCAGCCCUUACAAUGGCAGCACCGAACUUCGCGCAACAUGGCACAGUACAUGUAUUACCGCACCCCUAGGUGCUCAUCACGGGCAGAACGCACACGUGUUUACCUUUAUAUUUGACACGGAUCGCAGCCACGACCUCGAAGACGAUAUCGGCUUUACUAUCUCCUUUGGUAAUGAUACUUGCAAAGAUGACGGAAUCAAAGUGCUUCGGCUGUCUAAUUUUCCCGUGAAGUUCGGCGAUGCAGCGAGAUGGGGAGAAUGGAACGAUGCAAACGAUGCCACCGAUUCGACAACAGGGUCUAGGUUGGACCCCGGAUCCGUUUCGCUUGAAGUGCAGCUUGAAGCAGAAAUUCAGAGACUACAAGUUCUUCAGUAUGAGCUCCAACAGCUGCACAACUCGGUGGCUUUACAAGAGAAAAAAAUAUUUCACAUGCUUAAGCAAGACUGCAAACCCUUGUUUGCGAAAUGGGAGCAAUGUGAUGAUUUCUUCUGCUAUUUGAAGUCAUCCUGGCAGAAGGUACCUGAGUUCUAUUGGUCUAUGAGGUAUCGCUUCGGUCUAUUAGCUCCUGGACGAGUCAUUCCCAUUUGUCGUCUUGCUCCAGAGAAACCUUCGGACGAUAAAACCGACGCGAACAGACCAUCAGCUUUGCCAUCACAUUCAAUCCCAACUCCUUCGAAGCAUGCCGUCCCUACUUUUGAGACCUCAUCAUCAUCAUCCUCAACGUCCUCCAUACCUACUACCACGACCGAACCACUGAUGCCUGUCACAACACCUCCACCCUCUAAACCAGACUCUCAUCUCGAUACCCAUCCAAAUCAUUCGGACAUAACCGAGGUCGUCCUCCCACUACCAAUACAAUCUCCAACCAAACACUUCAUCAAAUCAUGCGCCAUCAUCCUACUCAUCGCCUUAAUAAUCAGCCUUUUCUUCCGCGUCGUACGCCACUCAACAGCCUUCCGCCGUCGCCGACGAGACAUUGCCUCCAGACGCGAAGAACUACGAGCCCAGCGCGCAUACAGAAAUGCCGCACGACGACUCCGCUGGCGCCAGUGGUGGGAAGGUCGAUCCUAUUUCCAAGCCGCGAGCGUGAUAUCCAGUCACUCACUCCCUGAAUUCCAACACGCCCGUGGCGCCGCCAAUUUAGGCGACGAGAAUAACCGCGACAUCAGCAAUCACGACUCUGCCUCUCAAUCUUCCGAUACAUACGACGAAGAACCACAACAACGUAUGAUGCAAGCGGAAAUUCUCGGGCUGCGCCGCGUGCUCGAAUAUGUAGGUCAAUUAGUCGGCACGGACGAAACAACCACCACGUCGACAUCAUCCUCAUCAGCGCGACGCCGAGCUCGAUCACGAUCGCGUUCCGUCCCGCCCCCCUACGAACAGAUUAUGCGUUACAACCGCAACGCCAGUGUUGGCGGUGGCGGCAACAACCCUUCAAGGAAUCAUAAUACGUUAGAGAUUCGCAGAUCGGCGACUCCAGGAGGAGUCAUAUCUGGAGGACCGAGUUCGCCACGGGCGAGUACAAUGUUUAGCCUCGAGACGGGCUCGUUGGUUACGUUGGAGACGCUUGAUACGCUGGAAUCGGAAACGGCGCCGCCUUCGUAUCACCCGUGA